CAUUGGGCCCCAAGGCCCAAUUACAAGUAAUGUCUUUAUAUAUAACGAAACAGACCUUACCACUGAAGCAAAUUAGGGUUUGAAGCAAGAGCCGCAGUUGAAGAGUUGAAACAACACCAUGGGGCGCAUGCACAGUCAUGGAAAGGGUAUGUCAGCUUCAGCUCUGCCUUACAAAAGGACUCCACCCAGUUGGCUCAAGAUCUCUUCUCAGGAGGUUGAUGAUAACAUAUGCAAGUUCGCGAAGAAGGGACUUACACCUUCCCAAAUUGGUGUUAUUCUUCGUGAUUCGCAUGGAAUUGCUCAAGUGAAGAGUGUCACUGGCAACAAGAUUUUGAGGAUUCUUAAAGCCCAUGGGCUCGCUCCUGAAAUUCCUGAGGAUCUUUACCACCUAAUUAAAAAGGCAGUUGCAAUCAGGAAGCAUCUUGAGAGGAACAGGAAGGACAAAGACUCCAAGUUUAGGUUGAUUCUUGUUGAGAGCAGGAUUCACCGACUUGCUCGCUACUACAAGAAGACAAAGAAGCUUCCCCCAGUUUGGAAAUAUGAAUCCACCACCGCCAGCACCCUGGUUGCCUAGAGAUGAUGGCUGCAGGAACAAGUUGAGGAUCUUGUAUUUUGAAUCUUAUCAGAACUUUGCUAAUAUAUAGAACUAUUGCUUCAUGUAUUCUGAUUUUUAUUAAAAGAUUUAGUUUUGCUUGGGAUUCUGAUGAAGAAUUGAGUUUGCUUAAUGUCAAAUGGAUGUGCAUUAGUUGUUAGAA